UUUCAUGGGUGUGGUGAUUAGCUUGCUUGGAGGAAAAAAAAUAGUGAAAUCCAACCGGGCUAGUCGCGUUCAGGAUCAUUAAAACUGCCAUAGUUGCCCCUAGAUUAAUUGUACUUUAUUUACGGUUUUCUUCACAGUUAGGACCAUGGUUGUCGUGUGAACACGGAGCAGUGUGGCACGGAUUGGAGGCGCGGACAGAGUCGAAAGCCUGAUUCAGGUGUUGGGGCGCGAGUGAUUUCCCGUGCCAGUCAGUAUUUGGACAAGAGUGGCCCGAACACCCCACAGUGACAAUGAGUGAACUGGAGCAGUUGCGACAGGAAGCUGAACAGCUACGCAAUCAGAUCAGAGAUGCUAGAAAAGCUUGCAGUGAUUCCACUCUAUCACAGAUCACAGCUGGCCUGGACUCAGUUGGCCGGAUACAGAUGAGGACGCGACGCACUCUCAGGGGACACCUGGCCAAAAUCUAUGCAAUGCACUGGGGGAGUGACUCCAGGUUACUUGUUAGUGCCUCUCAAGAUGGAAAGUUAAUUAUUUGGGACAGCUACACAACAAAUAAGAUGCAUGCCAUCCCUUUGCGUUCUUCCUGGGUGAUGACGUGUGCCUAUGCCCCCUCUGGGAACUAUGUGGCCUGUGGAGGUCUAGACAAUAUUUGCUCCAUUUACAGCCUGAAGACUCGUGAGGGCAAUGUGCGUGUCACCAGAGAGUUACCUGGACAUACAGGUUAUUUAUCCUGCUGCCGUUUUUUGGAUGAUAACCAAAUACUGACUAGCUCUGGGGACACAACUUGUGCAUUGUGGGAUAUUGAAACUGGCCAACAGGCCACCACAUUUACAGGUCACACAGGGGAUGUGAUGAGUCUAUCACUAAGUCCCGACUAUAAAACAUUUGUGUCAGGAGCCUGUGACGCGACAUCAAAGCUGUGGGACAUUCGUGAUGGCAUGUGCAGGCAGUCAUUCACUGGUCACGUGUCUGAUAUAAACGCUGUCAGUUUUUUCCCCAAUGGAAACGCCUUUGGAACAGGCUCAGAUGAUGCUACCUGCAGGUUGUUUGACCUUCGCGCUGACCAGGAGCUGAUGAUGUACAGUCAUGACAACAUUAUCUGUGGAAUCACUUCUGUGGCAUUUUCCAAAAGUGGUCGUUUGUUAUUGGCUGGUUACGAUGAUUUUAACUGCAACGUCUGGGACACCUUGAAAGGAGAACGUGCAGGCGUGUUAGCUGGUCAUGACAACAGAGUGAGCUGCUUAGGGGUUACAGAGGAUGGCAUGGCAGUAGCCACUGGUUCCUGGGACAGUUUCCUCCGGAUCUGGAACUAAAAGAUCCUGAUGUACUCAAUCGCUGCCCAAGAAGUUCACCACUGCAGCCCCACCUGCGCCUGGAGCCCCCCCCCCGUUGGCCUGGGCUCUUCGGCCAUACACCGAGUCAGCUUUCAUGAUCUGACCUACCCCAGAGAUCCACCUGCUGCUGACAACCUGUGAGGAAGUACAAACUCACUCAACCUUUAUAAAUAAUGUUCUUUUUCACCUGUCAAUUCAGAAUCAACAGAGUUAAACAUUUUGGUAACCAAUCAAUGGUUAAACUAAAACGUGCCCUUUUACCAUUAUUUCCUUGGGGUAAAACAAGCCUUUGUUACUGAGACUAACAACAAAUAUGUUGACUGUCAGUGUGUAAUAUGUAAUGUAUAUAAAGACAGUAUAUAUGUAUAGCAUUAUGUGUGUAUAUAUGCAUCAUAUAUGCAUAUAUAAUGUGUAUGUAUAUAUUUUUGUAGUUUAUUUCCCACCCAUUUUUAUGAUUUGGGGGGUUUAGUUUAAAUGUACAUAUCCAUAAUAAUAUACAACAUUAUUUCAGAAAUGAUUCUUAAAAAACUUAAUUUAUCCGUGUGAGUACCAGAACAACCUUUAACACUGCAAUGUACAAUUUCACUUUAAGUUUCUGGUAUUGUUGAUAAUCAGGCCUGUUCUUUGAUGUUUUUUUGGUUUAUAGGUAAAAUACAUUUUGUAUCCAGUUUCUUCUUAUUACAGUGAAUGUUUUUUUCGUCCUCUUUUUGCAUAUUAUUUGCAGAAUAAUUCAGCUAAAUUCAUGAUUUAACAUUUUAAGGAAAAACUGAAGGGGUCAAAUUUGUAUCAAGCUUUACAGAAUAAUAAUUGCUCCUCCGGACUGUAUCAUCACAACUUAGGAAAUGUAAAAGAUGUGUGAUUUGUAACUCAAACAGUAUAGGUCAAAUAACCCCUUUCUAUGGGCAUAGUCACUAUGCUGUUGUUUAUCAGUUAAACUGGGCCUAAAUUGACAAAAUGAAAAAUCUAUCCUUGUCACACAAGUCUACAAAAGUGUGCAGAGUCCUGCAAACUCUGAACAGGACAAAUACUAAUACAAAUACAGGUAUUGGCAUAUGUCAUACUUCCACUAUUUUACAUUUACUGUAUGUUAGGGUCUCUAUUAAAAUGUAUGAGAUUAGAUUAAAACUGGUAAUAUAGUAGAAUAAAUUCCUAUAUCUGACAGAAAUGUAUAAAACAGUUGAGGGCUAGAAAUGCACUCUUAUCAUUAUAUCAUCAAGCACCUGUUCCUUUGAAAGUAGACUUUCAGUAUUAAAAAGUCUUAUAUUUUGUCUUUUAUUCCCAUUUUCAAAAAGUAACACUUUAAUAAUACUUAUAUGUGUGUGAGUUGGACCUAAACAUCCUGUCUCAGGUGCCUCCUAUGAUCUUGUGUUUGUGGAGUGUUUGUACUCCUGAGAUAUGGCACUGCCAGUGUGUCCCCAUUCUGCCUUACAGAUGCAUACAAAAUAUACACAAGAAGAUGUGCUAUUAUUAUUUAGAGGAACAUUCUGAUACUAAUGAACACUAAACAUACCAGUAGAAACAUCUGCAGCUCUGAGCAUCAUGACACACCCACGAGUGAAUGUUGUAGACUUAAGCCUGAAACUUCCUUUGAAAUGUAAUACUUGAAAUGUAUUGCAUGGCAAGUGUUGAAGUGUGCAUCAUCUAUAUCUGUGAUUUUUAAUGUUACGUUUUCAUUUGUGCCAAAACCGUCCACAGACCAGAGCUGUGAACUUGAAAGUGCCAGGCAUUUUUAAAAAAAAAAAAGUUUUACGCACUAUCCAGUAUUUGGCUGAACAGAUGGGCUAACAACUGGGAUAAUUUUUACAUGAUGUUUUAAGACUAUAUUGUCUUGGGCCCAUCUUGAUGAUAAUCUUAAGGUCAGUAAGAUACAUGGACUAAUCUCUGUCUAAGAUUGUAACAUGCUAAAUGAAUAUUGGGCAUUAAAAAGAUUAUUAUUGUGACUGACACUGAAGUAUACACCCUUGUUUAGCAGUAAUACAGUAUAUAGCAUAAGCACCUCUGCAGUGCUUGUUCCAAGAGUUAAAGAUUAAUCGAUAAAUAGCUUUACAACAUGACAAAACACAUCAUAGACACCACAGCCUUUAACAGCAUUGUCGAUCAACUGACAGUGGCUCAGAUCUAAUGACUGUAUUCUGAAUUUAAAAAGUAUUAGCAAAAGUUAACUUAAAAUUGUGCCUGUUUUGCUCAUUUUAAACACAAUGAAAAGGUGCUUAAUUUUAAUGUGAUUUCAGUAGCUGAUUCUAAAGAAUACACUGAAGACGUCUGUAUUCUUAUCUGAUUUUUCCUUAAGGACUAAGUAUAAAAUCUGUUAAUGUUUUACCAUCGCAGCACCAUCACAGAUUAAGCACUGCCCUUUUAUUCUACAUCGUUCUACAUUGUAUUAUUUAUUUUAUGUAUUAAGCCAGUAAAGACCAGGGACCUGAUGGCCAUGAUAAUCUUACAGUGCUAUUGUGUGAUAAGUGUAAUCACUUGUUAUGGAAUAAUUUUUAUAGUCUUUUUCACACCAGACCCUUUUUGUAUUUGUACAGUGGCUUGGUGAUACUGAUAUGUUGCCAUGAGUAAUUGUAACCAAUAAAAAAGCUUUUAACCAUAAA